CCACAGCCCCACCCCGCAGUGUCCCUCCGGGGCGCCGCGGGGCCUGCGUACCGGGGCUUGGCGUUCAAGCUAGUCAGCUGUUUCUUCCUGGGCAAAGGGCGGAAGCCCAAGCGGCCUGGGGCGGAGCUUCGCAGGGAGCGAACGCCCGCCCGCCCGCCAGCCCCUCGGCUCGCCCUACGUGCUCGUUCGCCUCCGUCCGCUGCGCGCGAGCCCGGAGUCCCCGCGGCGGGAGGCUGCGGCGGCGGCGUUGGCAGAAGGCGGAGGCGGUGAAGAGAGCCCGUGGCUGCCGCGGCCACAGCGAAAUGGCGGAGACCGUAGCGGACACCCGGCGGCUGAUCACCAAGCCGCAGAACCUGAAUGACGCCUACGGGCCGCCCAGCAACUUCCUCGAGAUCGACGUGAGCAAUCCGCAGACCGUGGGGGUCGGCCGGGGCCGCUUCACCACCUACGAGAUCAGGGUCAAGACAAAUCUUCCUAUCUUCAAGCUGAAGGAAUCUACUGUUAGAAGAAGAUACAGUGACUUUGAGUGGCUUCGAAGUGAACUAGAAAGAGAGAGCAAGGUUGUAGUUCCCCCACUCCCUGGGAAAGCGUUUUUGCGGCAGCUUCCUUUUAGAGGAGACGAUGGAAUAUUUGAUGACAAUUUCAUCGAGGAAAGGAAGCAAGGGCUGGAACAGUUUAUAAACAAGGUCGCUGGUCAUCCUCUGGCCCAGAAUGAACGUUGUCUUCACAUGUUUUUACAGGAUGAAAUAAUAGAUAAAAGCUAUACUCCAUCUAAAAUAAGACAUGCCUGAGUUUGGAAAGAAGAGGCAAACGAGACCAUUAAUGAUUGCUCCACACCAAUGAAGAAGCUGUAACUAACUUAGCAUGCUGCACGGGCGCUGCUCUAACACGCCCUGGGUGUUCUAACACUCACAGGCUCCCUUUCAUUUUGUUUUGUUUUGGCAGUUGACAAGAAGGUUUUCAUUUGCUUUAGUGAAAACUCCCUCGUUGAGCCUCUCUACCUAAUAACUCUCCUUGUUGCGUCCGUAUACACAUUGUAGCCUCACAAGCCCCAUAGACCUGCACUGUCCUGACUAAAGUUGCUGUCUUGGUCUUAUUUGCAGAUUCUGUGUCCUGUUUGCUUCUUGAAUCUGAUUGGCUAGAAUCUUUCUCCUCCCCCUUAAUGUGUGAUGUCACCACUUGGUCCUAAUUUAUGUGCAGGAGCACGACACCGUUUGUCUCCGGUGCCGCACAUAUGAGGUGUACUUUGUGUGCAGAGUGCGUCUUUAUUCUGGCCUGUAAUCCCCUUCACGUGGAAGAUUAAUGAGGGAAAUCUUUAUAUUCUGUAUAAAAGCAAAAUCAAAUUUAUAUACUAAAAUCAUUUGUCUAAAAAUUUAAGUUGUUUUCAAAUAAAAGUUGAAAUGGA